AUGCACCUAUGGCCAUCCGUGAGGCUGAGGGACUCUUUCAAGAUCAGUUACUUGAAGAAUUUGGAAUGGAAUCUCUACCGUAUGAACACUGAACAGCAACAGCAGCAGCAGAACCAAUCUAAAGGCAAUAAGCAGCAGCUUCUGGAAAGUGACACAACUGAUUCGGAAAAAUCAGAGCGUUUGAGGAUUGGUCAGAUUUGCGGAGAAGUUUUCAUGAUUCUAUCUUGCUGUUACUGUUGUUUUUGCUGUGGAGCUUGCGUUGAUGAUGAGUAA